GUGUUUUCGUCUCUUGUAACCACAAAUUUCUGGAAAUUCAUCCCUUUUGGCAGCUGAAAAAGUCGAAAGGUAAAAGGUGAGGCUCGUGCUGUGACUCGGGCAGCUGUGACAGCUUAAUUUGGACAGAGGUUCGGACGAGUCAGGCGAAAAUGGCAGCGUCAGGAUGCAACUCUCCGAUGAGCUUCGAUCCGGUGACAAAAGACAUCAAACGAUUUCCAUCGCAAGUUGAAGAGAUGGCCUGUCAAAAAUGGAAACUCUUCAGCAAGAACGGCGCCAUCCUCGGCUCGACGUGCGUGAAGAAGCCGGGAAAGUGCGAGGACGACGCAGACAUGUGCCAAUAUUGCGUAUUCAUGAAAGAAGUGCCCCUGCCUCACCUGCCAGACAUGGUCUUCCCGUGCAAUAUGCUGCAGUUGAAACACGAAUCCGGCUGCACACUCGAAUUCUCGGCUCUGGCUGCGUUGAAGGAGGUCGGCCAGAUCACCCAAGACUUGGUCGUCGCCUGCUCAGAGUCGUGGAAAGAAUCCAGGAAAGAUUGCAAAUUAAUCGAGGAGGGCGUUAAGACUCCUUUCGACUGGACUUUCAGCACGAGCUACAAAGGCUCGGUGCUCGGACCUGUCACCAUCGAGCCCACUAAGGAAAGAAUCGACAUAGAGAAGCUCAAGGUGAAAGAGAAGAUCCUUUACUACCAAGACAUCACUCUGUUUGAAGAUGAACUGCACGACAACGGCAUUUCAGUCUGCACCAUUAAAAUUAGAAUGAUGCCAAACAGCUUCUACCUCCUGCUACGCUACUUCCUCCGAGUGGAUGGCGUGCACGUUCGAUUGAAUGAAACCAGAAUCUACCACGAGUUUCAGUGGAGUUACCUGCUCAGAGAGUACACUUCCAGAGACGCAUCAAUGGGCUCUUUAAAUAUUCCUUCUGCUCUGUGCGUGGACCCGAACCGGAUCAUGCACUUACUUCCUCUGGUCGCAUCAAGCUAUGAGAAAAUAUUGUUGCCAAGCACACCCAUGGUUGAAGGCGAGAGCAGUGAUGUUGCCAGCCCCGGCAAAGAGGAGUGAGCGAGACUGUGUUAAGUUUUUGAAAUUUUUGUUUGUGCCUCUCAAUGUUUUGAGAAAAACUAUGUUUUGUAUUAAAUUAUUUGCUAAUAAUACACAGAAGCUUGUGUACAAAUUGAAAAA